CGGCCACUAAACGGAUGGCUGUAUGUCGAGGACUACCUAUACGCUCCGGUAUUUUGACCAGAGCUGCGAGGCAGCGGCGGCGGCCAGCGUGGGCGGGAUGACCGCGUGGAGAGGGCGGGGAGAGUCUCUGCAGGAGUCCCGCCCCGUCCCGGCCAGACCAGGCAGAGCGACGCCGCCUUAUCCUUGCCCAGUGUCGCUUGGCUUGCUGGCUGAUCGCACCUGCUCGCUCAGGGAGCCGCGACCUGUCCGGGGUCCCGCGCGGCGGCUGCCCCGCACCUCUUUCCCCCGCGACACACGAAUUCUGCGCUGUGGUUUCCACGCGGGUCCAACCUGCGUCCAAACUCGCCUUUCCCAGAACGGCUGGGAGAGGAAAUAUAUUGAAAAUCUCUACUUGAGAUUCGUAAGUGCUCCACAUCGUAUGAGAAAGACACAUUCCCUAGGUGGGAUGCCAAGAAACAUGGUGUCAGACUUCUCAGGGAUGGGAUAUAAAAUUCCUUCUGAGGUCCAGUUUGGAAACUUUGAAAAAACACAUCGUCUUGAAAGUGGGAAAAGUUGCCCAGGUCGAAAAUGCCCAUCUUUGGAUGAAGACGAACGGUUGAGAGAUCUCACGCACGAAGAAAAGGAUGUCCUGCUUUUUUUCGAGGAAACGAUUGGUUCCUUGGACGAUGAGGAGGAGGAGAAGGAGGAGGAAGAACAAGCCUUGCAUGACAGCGGCGUCUUCUGCCGUUCCCCAAAGCUGGUGGAAGAAGACACCCCUGACCAUUCAGGAUCGGAAGGGCUCAUAGACUUGGUCCCGUCAGCCCCAAGAGAGAACAGGGCAGAACCAGCAUCAGAGGAAACUUGGAAACUGGAUGAGCCAAAGCUGGAGGAUGCUGAACCAUCAGAGGAAGACGUCCAUGUUAAUCCAGUUUCUCUUCAGCCAACACUGCCUUCAGCACCCCCAUUGCCAAUCUGUGAGAUAUGUCCUGUUCAACCUGCUGUACUUCAUCCAAAGCUCCUUCUCUCCAUCCCCACACCACUUCUGAUGGCCGAGAAAUUGUCUGAGCAACUGGCGGAAGGCAGUUCUUCCUCGCUUCCUUCUCCAAAGAAAAGGAACCCCAGCGAGAGGAGGACCAUCCCCGCUUCCACCACCCUCUGCAGUAGGGAGCAGGUCAAGCCUUGUGCCCCACCUCCAACUGCUCCCAAACCCCAGAGAUUCCCGAGCAACAUCAGCUUCACCAACACCAGCGAGCGGGAAUUCAGCAGAAUCAUCUCCAAGGCGGCCGUCAACGUUCAAGAGCGCAAGGCUCAAGUGUUGGCCAACGUCAACGCUUCAGCCUUGCUAAUAAAUGAGUUGGAGGAAAGACUGCAGAAGCGUGGGCUCCUGGCUCCCAGCCAAAGCUCGCCCUUAGGAGAUUUACCUUCUGAGUCUGCAGGCGACGAACCCUUAAGUAGUUUAACGCUCAUUGAGAAGACUCUUGCUCGGGCCCACCUUAUCCACCCUAUCAACGUCCCCUCCACAAAGGACGGGAGACCUGGAGAAGGAUACGGCCCCUCAAAUGGCUAUCAAAACAUCCAUGAAAUUAUGAAAAGGGAUCCUGAUCUGUUACCCACCCUGAACAAAACAAUGACUUUCAAGCCGGAGGAUGACCUUGUGGAUGGCAAGUCUGCUCAGCCAAGUAUUUCUGGAGAACCCCAACAAGAUCUCAUCCUUGACUUACAGAGAAGGUUGAGCUUAUUGCCCAAGCCUGCAGGACUUCAUUCAAAGGGUAUCACGGUACAAUUUUCUGGACGUGGAUCAACAGAAGAAGCCCGGAGGGAGGCUCUACGAAAACUGGGACUUCUGAAAGAAUAAUGGAAUGGGAGUGACAUCUAAAGAACAUGAUGUGCCCGAAGACAGAUUCCCAAUGAAAUCCAUUCUUUAUUUACCGUGCAGGCUAAGGAAAUAUUAAGUGAUGGAACUCCACAGUUCUCUGCUGGCGUUGGGGGUGGAGGUCUUUGACGUGAACUCACAGUGCUUCUCGAAGACUUUGAGGCAGUUCAUAAAAGCCCUCGUGAAAGUGAGAGUGUCAGGCUAAAUGAAGGUCAAUGGGCAGUUUGUGGGUGAGCCGUGUAUGUGGGUCACUGGCAAAGCACAUCAGAAUCGCUCGGAUAAAACCGAGAAAGUCCCAAGAGGCCCAAAGAAGCUUCUUGGAUGAGAAGCGAAACGUCAUCAAAGAAAAACAAGACAGUCCAGUUGCGUCUUUGGGUCCCAAGAGGACUGCAUUAAGGAAUUCUGUAAGGAUAAAUGUAUAUAUUCACACCUAUUGGACAACUCAAACUUGUAAUAAACUUGCUAUCUCUUGAUUGUCACAUAAGUAUUUAAUACCGCACUGCAGAUCGUUCCUUUUGCAAAAGUGACUGGGUUACUUUUUCAGGAUGGUUGAUAACCCGAAAUGUAUCGGAUCUUCUGGAUUGUACAAAAGGUCCUAUUGCUGUUGAAAAUCAGUUGUAUAAAAAUGAGGGGGGACCCCUCAAUAUGUCAUAAGUGUGGGUUGCACUGUUCUGACCUUCAAGGCAUCAUGUUGAAGCAUAUGUUGACCUGCUCUUUCCUCUACCAUCUCUAAUACAGAACACGCUACCUGUAUGAAGGUAGCAUAUCCCAACCAGGCUGCCUUCCAGAUGCCUUGGGAGCUGAAAUCCACACAUCUGGAGGGUGUCCCGAUGUAGGCUCACAUAAGCCCCUAGAACUGUACACGACCACCUACCGAAGAGCGAAGGAGUUAAUGAAACAAAUAGCUGAUACAGGUAAUCUUCGACUUACAACAUUUAGUGACCGUUCGAAGUUACAUCGGUACUGAAAAAAGUGACUUAUGACCGUUUUUUCACAAUUACGACCACCGUAGCAUCCCUAUAUUCACGGGUCAAAAUUUGGAUGCUUGGCAACUGACUCGUAUUUAUGACGGUUGCAGUGUCCCUGUGUCAUGUGAUCCCCUUUUGUGACCUGACAAGCAAAGUCAAUGGGGAAGUCAGAGUCACUUAAACAAU